AUGAUGUCUACGCCGUCAUCUUCCACGCGUCUUCCCCCGACCUCCCCGCAGGUCACUGCCUCAGUGGUGAAGUUUCGCUGCCUAUACACUCACGACCUACGCCGCAAAUCCAAACGAUGGCACGAUGGCUACCUACGAUAUCAUAAGUUCAACAAACGUGUCAUGGUCUACGAUGACCAGGGUAAUUUUAUAGGUGACCACCACUGGAGAUCCUCCGAUGAAGUCCAAGAUGGCGAUGAAAUGGAGCUGGACAAAGGAAUACUGAUUGAGGUCACCGAGAACAUGGGGACAACUGAGACGGACAUCACGACCCUUUACGAAAAAAAGAUAUCUAGCCAAGGUUCGCCGCAAAAUAAAGACCCUGUGUCUCAAGUUCCCCGCGCCUCAACCUAUACACCAACCGCCUCAGCCUCCGCACCUCUUCGUUCCUCCGCUUCCUCCCAGUCAUUUCGCUCUCUCAACGAUUUGCUGGGCAUUAAAAGAACUCCAAUUGGGCAUUUGGUGUCUCCAUAUGAGUCAAGAAAUCCUCCGCAACCAGCAGUUACUAGCAUUCAGGAACCUGAGCGCCCACCGAAGCGACAGAAGACAUCUUCGGUGGUGAAUCGAAACACCGAGAGAGGCUCGCGGGCUCACAGUCAAGUCAUUGAUUUGACGCAUUCAAGCGAUUCAAACCAGGGACUCCCCGCGAAGGCAAGGUCAAGCCAAAUGGUAAAAGAACCACCCAGGGCCCGGGGUGAUUUUACGGCCGAUGUGCUCUCGGCAGAUCGUGAUCAGAGGUUGACAGUUCCGUCAAAGCAAACUCGGCCACAAAGACUCAACCAUCCUUCAUUCUCAAGGGUCUCGGUUCCAACUAGAUCUGAACCAACCUCCAGUCUACUACCACCAGAGGAGGUGGUCCAUACAAUUAAGGGUGUCCAACCACCAAGACCCCUCAGUCCUUCAUCGAAGCGUCCUCUUCCCACUUUACACGCAGAAGCAGAAAUAUCCGAACCACAAGGAAACUUGCGUGUGGAGCAAACGUCAAUGAACUGCGAAAACCAGUCGAGAGCUAUUUCACGUCCUAUCCCAGCACAGAGGCCUGACCCGCCAACGGUUUCAAGAAGCUCUCUCCCAAUUGCACCCAAACAGUCGUCUGCUACAAUACCUACACCACAGCCGCCAGUACGCGUAGUGAGCAAUUAUGAGAAACCUAUCGAAUCUACGAACAAUCAAACCUGUACCAACGUUCCACCUCCAGCCAACGUUUCACCCUCAAACAACGUCCCACCCUCAGUCAAUAUCUCAUCUUCAACGAAGAUGCCACCUCCAUCGCGUCUAUCCUCGGCACUGCGCCCUGGAGCACCUACGACAGCUCUACGCAUGGGAACCGGAAAGCCACGCAGGAAACUGAUGUACAGUGCUCUAUUGCCCAGCACUUCACGAACUCCAUCACCAGCGACCGCAGAUACACCGCCUACUAGUGCAACCGGUGAACCCACCACAAAUAUCCCGGAGCAACAACUAGCCGACGGUCCAGAUGAUUUCUCAAGAUCAAACGAAGAGUUUAUGCCCUCAACGUCUACACAGUUUAUCUUUGACGAGAUGAUAGACGGAUCAGGAUUCAAAUCGUCCUCCGCGAUCAAAAGGCUAACUGGGAAAAGAUCUCUUGAUUCACCCUUGCGCAAAUCGAUAUCGGACCCAACUGCAUUGACUGCCCGCCAAGGCCGGGCAGGAGAAUCAUUCCACGCGACCAACAAAGAAAAUGAGCCCAGAGAGCAAGGCCCUUGGACAUCCGAGGCAUUAGAUUUGUUUGACUUCUGGCCUGCUGGACGAGCAAAACCAAGUAAUUGA